UGGCGGGUUUCAAGUCAAUAGACCAUUCCAUGCUUCUUGGCUCCAUUGUAUUUCGAUCCAGCUCGUUUGUACACCUAUCAUUAUAAUCAAGGUCUCUUUCUUUACUUAUGCCUGGUAAAAGAUAUAAAAGGAAAGGCGGAGGAGCAGGAGGGGGCGAGAGAGAAGAGAAAAAGAGAAAGACAGAUGAAAAUACUAAUAAUGAUGGUUACACAGAGAUUAUUAAAGAGAAUUCAGCAUUUGAAGAAUAUUAUAAGACUCAAAGCAUUAUACCUGUUGAUGAAUGGUCUUCCUUUAUGUCAUCACUGCGACAACCACUUCCUGUUACGUUCCGUAUCACUGGAACAAGGACCUGGUCUCAAGGUGUCCUUAAUUGCCUUGAAAAGAGAUAUUUUAGUGAAUUGAAAGAUUUAGUAGUAGAAGGUGAGGCAAUAUCACCACCCACUCCAUUACCAUGGUAUCCUAAUAAUUUAGCGUGGCAUGUGUCUUUAUCUCGUACCACUGUACGUAGCUCACCUCUUCUGUCUAAGUUUCAUUCAUUUCUGGUCAAAGAGAGCAAUCAGGGUAAUAUAUCACGUCAAGAAGCAGUGAGCAUGAUUCCUCCGCUGUUGCUAGGGGUGGAGCCUCGUCACUAUGUACUUGAUAUGUGUGCUGCCCCAGGAUCAAAGACAUCUCAACUAAUAGAAUCACUACACUAUCAGGAUACACUGGAAUCAUCUAUACCCAGUGGUAUAGUAAUAGCUAAUGAUGCUGAUAACAGUAGGUGUUAUACUUUAGUACAUCAAGCCAAGAGAUUGAACAGUCCCUGUCUUAUAAUCACUAAUAAUGAUGCUACCCAAUUCCCAGUACUCUACUAUAACAAUGUUGAUGGUAAACGUGUUCCAUUACAGUAUGACAGAGUACUUUGUGAUGUCCCCUGUAGUGGUGAUGGUACUAUGAGAAAGAAUCCAACAAUAUGGAGAUCAUGGAAUUCUAGUACACCAUUAUCAUUGCACAGAUUACAAUUAAGACUGCUGAUGAGGGGUCUGGAAUUAUUGAAGCCAGGGGGUAGGCUGGUCUAUUCAACAUGUUCAAUGAAUCCAAUAGAAGAUGAAGCAGUUAUUGCUGGAGCAUUGAAGUUGUGUAAUGGAUCAGUGGAACUGGUGGACACUUCUUCACUGUUACCUGGUCUGAAAAGGACAAAUGGAGUUAAUACAUGGAAGGUCUUAACAAAGAAUGGUGAAUGGAUUUCAUCAUAUAAAGAGACUCCGUCUAAUUUACUACACACAGUCCAUUCAUCAAUGUUCCCUCCUACUGCACUAGAGGCUGACACAUAUCAGUUGAACCGAUGUAUUAGAAUCUUUCCUCAUCAACAAGAUACUGGAGGAUUCUUUGUUGCUUUGCUCAGCAAGACGUCUCCAUUACCGUGGCAAGUCCAACCGUCAAACAGUGGACCUACAGUUAAAAGACCUGAUGAGCUAACUGGGAGGCAUGGGUUUGAAAGGAAGUCAAGGAAACAAACAUACAGAGAGGAUCCUUAUGUGUUCCUACCUAGAACCGAUUCUGUAGUUGAAAGUAUUAGUUCUUAUUACAACAUAUCGAGUGAUUCUGGUAUUACUGAUCAAUUCUUAACACGUACACUGACCGGGAAAAAGAAAACACUCUACCUUACUUCUCCCCUAGUUCAAGAAAUAACUAAGAAGAAUGAGAAGGAUUGUAAGAUUAUUAAUACUGGAGUGAGGGUCUUUGCUAGAACAGAGAGUCUUGACAGUGCAUGUGAAUACAGGAUAACACAAGAAGGUAUAGACACAAUGCUUCCUUAUAUAUCCAAUUGUACUGUCCGUGUGACAUUAUCUGAUGUGAUAGCAUUAUUGAAGUAUCCUAAUCCGUUAUUAACUGAGUUAUCAGCUGAUACACAAUCAUUAAUUGAAUCAUUUGGGACAAAAAAGCCUGUUAUAUUUGUAUACUCUGAGGCAAGUGAUGAAACUGAAGGAGAGGAUGUACGUAUUGCAAGUAAUAUAGGCACUCCUAUAUAUCUAGCUGGUUGGAUAGCACGAAAAUCUGUCCGUCUAUACGUAGGUCAUCCUGAUCGCUAUCAUUACCUAGCUAUACUUGGUGAGACUCCACCAGAGACAAUGUCAUUAGAGACACAGUCUGGACAUACUCACUCCACCUUCUUUGAUGAAGAGGGUCCAGUUGCUGAUGAUGUGUCAGCAAGAGAAGAGGGUGGAGGGACGGAAAAGGAAGUUAAAGUACUUAUUGAAGAAGAAGAGUCUAAUAAAAGGACACUAGAACAGGAUUAAUUGAUUGAUAUUAGAUAAUAAUAAUAAAGUAAUUCUAUACCAUGCCUGUAGUUGUAAUUGACAAAUUACAUUGCCUGAUUUCAGGUUAACUUACUCGUGACUUUUAUCCUUUUAAAGACUGCCUUUAACUAUAAAAUAAAA